UCCACUCCUGGGCCCAGGUAGUAAAUACACUCGUUCGCCAUGCUCUACCUCGUCAUUGCUCCAGUGGUCAUCGGCCUCGUGCACAGUGUGCAAGCACACGGCGACAAUGCCCAUUCGGCACCUCCUCCUGUCGAUCCGAACGCCGACUGGGCUACAAAGCACAUGGCCGAGGAACACCACAUGGCUUCCUUCGAUGCCGGCUCCUUUUUCAACUUGCACGACUACGAUUCUUCCAACUUCUGGACCGCCGAUGACCUCCUCAAGACCUACGGGUUGCGCCACGAAUCCACUUCCCAUGUCGCCGAGGAAGAGAAGCGGGCCAGUGUCCAGCGCGUUAUCGACAUGUUUGAUCGCGACAAAGACAAUCGGAUAUCCUUUGCCGAGUAUACCAUUGGUGUUGGCCAGGGACUGGUGUUGCCAGACUUGGGCUAUGGGCCAGGACACCACGGAGACGACGAGUACGAAUACGAGAUUCAUCACUGGGAGAAAUACCACAAUGAGAAUACCAAAGAGGAAGACUUGACCCACCCCGAGGACAUUGAACAUUUCAGGAAACACGACGAAAUGGAAGAGAGGGAAUUGAGACAGGAGCGGAUGGACAAAAUGGCCAUCAUUGAAGCCAAUAUUCCCCAGAAGUUUCGGAGGAAGGAAUUAUGAGGUUUGUCUCCUGCGAUGGGUGCGAUCGACCUGGCAGGCCAUAUCAAACCGGAUGGAAGAUUCACAUGCACAUACGCAAAAGAGCUGUGCAAUCAGCCGCAGCCUGUCACAAUGUCUGGCCCUCUCGGCGAUCGAGCGGGAUAGACGCUGAAGAGGUGCCUGCAUAAGCCAGCACUAGGAGGUAGCUCCGAAAGACCGUGGUACUGGACUAUCAUGUCGAUCCUGGCGUCGGCAUAUUCUGGCGGCUGGUAGUCUGGCAGAUGAGCAAACAGGGAUCCGUCUAGGAGGUAGAUCGCGCUUUGGCAUGGACUGGCGGUGCUGGUCGCCGUCAUGACUGCCUAUGGCAUGUAGAUGAAGCGAGAGACGAACAUAUAGCCAAGACAGCAGUAGUUACGAGUAGCUACCUGGUAAUUCUUGGCCUUGCCCGCUGAUGGACUCCAUCGUAGACCUGCUGGUAAACUGUCUUUCAUGGUCAUGGGACAGAUCUUCACUUUGAUCUGAUUGGUUGUACGG